AUGGACCACUCUACACCCCCCAGGGACAGCGAGAGGCUGCCAGACCCCUCGUCACGCCUCUCUUCUGCAAAGACUUUUCCCGUUAACCUGCAUCAUCGCCACCGAUCCGAGUCGCGGCAGACAAGAGACACCUCGGCCCAGGGCAGCGCACCCGCGGAACGACAACACUGGUCUCGGAGACUGUUUAUUGACACGUCCGACCUCGAGCCUGAUAAAUCAAGGGCCGUCGAAAAUAACAAUAACAAUAAUACCAACAAUGAAAGAAAACACCGGCAUUCAAAGUCCCGCGAUCACCGCAUCCCUCGAGCCGUGAACCAGAUUGCGUCCGCCGGCGGCGCAAGAAACCUGCUGCCCAGCCGAACGUUUCACAGAGGAGACAAGGAAAAGUCUGACACUGGCGAUGAUAAUUUGCUGAAACCGGCGGUUACUCUGGACUCGUCGUCGCGCUCGGCGCAGAGCUCCAGGUCAACGAGCGCCCAUAAUGCCGAGAGCAGACAGAGCAGUUUGGCUGCGACGACGGGAGGCAGCACCGACUUCAGCAAGAAGCUGGCUUUGGCGAAUUUGAGAGAGGUCAAGACGAUGGAGGAUCUAGAAGAGGUGAAGAGGAGAAGAGAAAAGGGAGAAGAGUCGCUCCGGACAAAACUAUCUUCGGUAGGCUCGCUGGCAGCCGACAUUACUCGACGACUCGACUAUACAUACUACAACCUCCUGGAGCGAGUGUCAACACUAUACUCUACAAUACGCACUUUUCAAGACCUCGUUGACUCGAACUCAACGCUGCAAGGUGACUUUGAACGAGACAAUGCCAACCUGGAACAAGACUUUCGCAAACAACUCGGCGAAUUUAAAGAAUUCCGUCCUCAGAUAGAUCGCAUCGACGUGUUGGAAAAGCGCAUGAGCGCCGGACGAAACAAAAUGGAAGCCCUGGGGAAGCGUCUGGACAGCGUGCGUCAGGAAAUAGAGGGAUGGGAACGCCGCGAGAACGAGUGGCAGGCGCGCGUCAGUCGCAGGCUGCGCAUCUUCUGGGCUAUUAUUAUCACAGCGACUGUUUUUGUGGUCAUUGCAUACGUGGUUCAGGAAUGGCCUGGCAAUAUCGCCGGGCCGUCUUCCUCGCUGUCACAUCAGCCGGACGUCUCACAAAUUAUCGACGGAGCCAAUGCUGAUAUUUCUCCGGUUCUCCCAGAACUCAGCGACGCUGAAGGAGAGUCACUGCUCAUAUCUCCGCCGGCUUCAAAGACUGCUACGUCGGCGAGUGAGAGUUCUCAAGCCAUCAGAAACGAGUAUGAGUCUGAUCACCCGGCUGACCCGUUGCGAUUGUUUGACGAACUAUAA